UGGCCCGAAGUCACCAGCCCUCCACCGGGGUUUUCCUUGCAGAGCGGCUCCCCGGGACCGGCCCGGAGGGGCAGAGGUCAAGGGGCAGAGGGCAGGAGCCAGGAGGGGGCUGCGCUGACCACUGCAGGGGCGGGUCCCCCUCCGAGCGCCGUCCCUGGGGGAGAGGGGGGGGGUCCCAGGGGGCGAGGAUGGUGGGCAGGCCCGGGGUCCUGGCCGGGGUCCUGGCCCUCUGGGCCUGGGGCUGCUGCCCGGGCUGGACCCUUCCUCCUCCGGCUCCGCAGGACGGUCCUUGGCUGCAGCGGGCCCUGCCCCGGCUGGGGACCCACUUCGGCUGGCGCAACCUCAGCUGCCCCGUCUGCAGAGCCCUCUUCACCGCCCUGGACCUGAGCCUGGAGAUGGAGCCCAACGUGGAGCGGGUCGGGGCGGUGGCCACGCUGCUGUGUGAGGAGCUGAGGCUGGCCUCGCCCACCGUGUGCCAGUCCGUCGUGCGGGUCUUCGAGGGCGACGUGGUGGCGGCCUGGACCCGUUCCGUGCUGCGCCCGCCCGAGGCGUGCGGGCUGCUCCUGGGCACGGCCUGCGGGCGGUGGACCAUCUUCUCGCCCUGGAACGUCUCCCUGCCCGACACGCCCAAGCCCCCGCCGCGGCCCCCGGCGCCCCCGGCCCCCGGCGCGCCCGUCGGCCGCGUCCUCUUCCUCACCGACCUGCACUGGGACCACGACUACGAGGAGGGGGCCGAGCCGGCCUGCCCCGACCCGCUGUGCUGCCGUCGGGGCUCCGGGCGCCCGGGGCCCUCCCAGCCGGGCGCCGGGCGCUGGGGGACGUACGGCAAGUGCGACCUGCCCCUGCGGACGCUGGAGAGCCUGCUGGCCGGCCUGGGCCCCGCCGGGCCCUUCGACCGGGUCUACUGGACGGGAGACCUCCCGGCCCACGACGUGUGGAAGCAGACGCGGCAGGACCAGCUGCGGGCCCUGGAGACCCUCACGGGGCUGGUGCGCAAGUACCUGGGGCCCGUGCCCGUCUACCCGGCCGUGGGCAACCACGAGAGCGUGCCCGUCAACAGCUUCCCGCCCCCCUUCGUGCUGGGCAACCGCUCCACGCACUGGCUCUACGAUGCCAUGGCCAACGCCUGGGAGCCCUGGCUGACCCCUGACGCCCUGCGCACCCUCAGGUUCGGGGGCUACUACGCCCUGACUCCCUGCCCCGGGCUCCGCCUCAUCUCUCUCAACAUGAACUUCUGCUCCCGGGAGAACUUCUGGCUGCUGGUCAACUCCACGGACCCCGCCGGGCAGCUGCAGUGGCUGGUGGGCGAGCUGCAGGCCGCCGAAGACCGAGGAGACAAGGUCCACAUCAUCGGUCACAUCCCCCCCGGCCACUGCCUGAAGAGCUGGAGCUGGAACUAUUACCGCAUCGUGGCCAGGUACGAGAACACGCUGGCCGGCCAGUUCUUCGGCCACACGCACGUGGACGAGUUUGAGAUUUUCUACGACGAGGAGACGCUCAGCCGCCCUGUGUCCGUGGCCUUCCUGGCACCCAGCGCCACCACGUACAUAAACCUCAACCCCGGGUACCGGGUGUACGAGGUGGACGGCGCCUACCCCGGCAGCUCCCACGUCGUGCUGGACCACGAGACCUUCGUCCUGAACCUGACCCUGGCCAACGCCCCGGGGUCCGGACCCCUGUGGGAGAGCCUCUACCGCGCCCGCCGCACCUACGGGCUGCCGGACGCCCUGCCCGCCGCCUGGCACGACCUGGUCUACCGCAUGCGUGGGGACGAGCGGCUCUUCCAGACCUUCUGGUUCCUCUACCACAAGGGCCAUCCGCCCACCACCCCUUGCACGGGCCCCUGCCGCCUCGCCACCCUGUGCGCCCUGCUCUCGGCCCGCCCGGAUAGCCCUGCCCUCUGCCGCCACUUGGAUCCCGGCCUGCCCUUCCCGCACAUCCAGAGCCUGUGGCGCCAGCGGCAGCUCUGCUAGGGUCCCGGCCCGCGGGCGCCGGAGCGGCGUCGGAAACGGAGCGGGCCGGCCGCGGCCGCUUCCCGGAGGCCGGAGCCGAGGCCGGCCUCGAGGCGGCGGCUCGGGCCCGGGGCGCCCGGCGGCCGCCCGGGGCCGUCCGUGCCCCGGGGGUGGUCCCGGGCUGGAAGGAAAGGAGGGGAGGGGCUCCCGGCUCCUUCCUCCGGGGUCCGCCGUCCCGGAGGCGGCGGCAAUGGUUCGCAGCGGGCGGUGCCCGGCCCGGCCUUGAUUUUAGGAGAGCAGGGGAGGGAUAGGGCUGUGCCCUGCUGCCCUACGAGAGCUCGAAAAUAAAUGUGUGAUUCGGUGA